AUGCCUGCAGGCACCAACAAGAAACCGUUGCGCAUCUCCAUUGAUCGCGGAGGGACCUUCACCGAUUGUAUCUGCAAAGUGAUCAACGGGGAAGAUAUUUUGGUGAAGAUCCUCUCCGUCGACCCAAAGAACUAUGCCGAUGCGCCGACCGAGGCGAUUCGACGGGUUUUGGAGAUAUACUAUAAAACCGAAUUCCCCCGAGGCUCCGAAUUAGAUCUCAAGGAUGUUGAAUGGAUUCGCAUGGGCACAACAGUGGCGACGAAUGCCUUGCUCGAGCGCAAAGGCGAGCGUACAGCUCUGCUCGUCACGGAGGGCUUCAAGGACAUCUUGUACAUUGGCAAUCAAAGCCGACCGUAUAUGUUCGAUCUCUCAAUCCGGCGAUCACAACCUUUAUACUCCGACGUAUUCGAAGUCAAAGAGCGAGUGACAGUCGGGGCAUGCAGCGAUUCAAAUCUCCGUACUGUGAAGCUGCCAUCCCCAGAGCCGGUUGAGUCGAUCAUUGCUACCUCUGGGGAGGUUGUCCAAGUGCUUCAGCCCAUCGAUCUGGAAACCACUCGGAUUUAUCUGCAAGAUAUCUAUCACAAAGGCUUCCGUUCGUUGGCGGUGUGUCUGAUGCAUUCCUACAUCUUUCCGACCCAUGAGUUGCAGAUUGGGGAACUGGCAUCAGAGAUUGGUUUCAAAUACAUCUCUCUUUCACAUAAAACCUCCCCGCGACCAAAGCUUGUGCCUCGCGGCAAUUCUACAGUGGUCGAUGCAUAUCUGACUCCAAACAUUGAGCAGUAUCUGGAGCAAUUCACUAAGAACUUCCCCAAUAUUGACCAGUCCGGGACACGAUUGGAGUUCAUGCAGUCGGACGGUGGAUUGGUGCCGUCCUCAAAACUCUCGGGGCUACACUCUAUCCUUUCUGGACCAGCAGGAGGUGUGAUCGGAUUCUCGCAAACAUCAUUCGACCUACAGGAGCGGACUCCUGUGAUUGGAUUUGACAUGGGAGGUACCAGCACUGACGUCAGUCGAUACAACGGCGAACUCGAUCAUAUCUUCGAAACAACGACUGCUGGAAUUGCAAUUCAAGCCCCACAGCUCAACGUGAAUACGAUCGCGGCUGGUGGAGGAAGUAUUUUGGCUUGGAGGGAUGGCCUUAUGGCUGUCGGCCCUGAGAGUGCCACCUCCAAUCCUGGACCGGCCUGUUAUCGGAAAGGUGGCCCCCUAACAGUGACUGAUGCCAACCUCGCACUUGGAAGAUUACUUCCAGAGGAGUUCCCAUCUGUGUUUGGUGUCAACGAAGACGAGCCAUUGGACAGAGAGAUUGUGCUCACAAAGUUUGAGGAUCUCACCAAGACAAUCAACGCAGAGACAGGCCAAUCAUUGACUUGGGCAGAGGUUGCAGAUGGCUUCCUCCAGGUGGCCAAUUCAGCCAUGUGUGGUCCCAUUCGAAGUUUGACUGAGGCUAAAGGCCAUGAUGUUGCAAAGCACCAUCUUGCAUCAUUUGGUGGUGCGGGAGGUCAGCAUGCCUGUGCCAUCGCCGAAGCCUUGGGUAUAAAGAGAGUCUUAAUUCAUAAGUACUCUUCUAUUCUAUCUGCCUAUGGAAUCGGAUUGGCAGAUCUCGUCCACGAGGAGGAGCGGGUAUGUGCGAAAGCCUUUGACCAAACCACCUCUCGAACAAUAUACAACGACGUGGAAACUCUCGCAGAUACAGUCCGAGGCAAUGACUCUAUACAACCAUUCAACAAUGUUGAGAUCCGUCGCUUCCUCAAUAUGAGAUACGAUGGCAGCGAGACUGCAAUCAUGAUCUCCCUGGAUAGCUCUGACGACCCUCGAGCAGACUUCAUCAAAGCCCAUCACCAGCAGUUUGGAUUCACACCCACCAACCGCGCGGUGUAUGUUGACACUAUCCGAGCUCGGGCAAUAGGAUCAAGUGUAUUCUCCGAGAACCCGGCGAAAUUAUCGCAUUCGCACCUCAAGGUGCUUUCCGCAUCAGAGACCCCAGUUCCUAAGUCAUGGAAAUCCACUUACUUCAAUCCAAUUGGAUGGGUCAACACUCCAGUAUACCACUUCGACAACUUGACAAAUGGACAUGAAAUUUCAGGACCGGCUCUUGUGAUCGACAAAACACAGACCAUCUUGGUCAGCCCAAACUCAAAGGCGACUUUGACACAAGAUGUACUCGUUUUGGAAGUGAGCUCUUCGGGCCCUAAGGUUGCAAGCGCGGAUGUUAUCGACCCUGUUCAACUUUCAAUUUUCCGCCAUCGGUUUAUGGGCGUUGCGGAACAGAUGGGACGCGUCUUGCAAAAUGUCAGCAUCAGUGCCAACAUCAAAGAGCGAUUAGAUUUCACGUGUGCGAUCUUCACACCCGAAGGGGACCUGGUCGCCAACGCACCACAUGUACCUGCAAUGAUUGGAAGUAUGGCCUUUGCCGUCAGAUCACAAAUUGCUGAAUGGCAGGGGAAACUGCAGGAUGGCGAUGUUUUGCUGUCUAACACGCCUGGUGAGUGCCUCAGAUUGAGUCCUAUUGUCAUUUCGGCGCUAAACUGUCGUCAUCUAGCAUUUGGGGGUGUUCACCUCCCUGAUCUCACGGUAAUCACGCCUGUCUUUGACUCCGAUGGGAAAGAGAUAAUAUUCUGGGCUGCUUCCCGUGGCCAUCACGCCGACGUCGGCGGAAUACUUCCUGGCUCAAUGCCACCACUAUCAAAACUCCUGUCUGAAGAAGGCGCAGUGUUUGAUUCAUACUUGCUGGUGCGCGCGGGUCAUUUGGAUGAAGAAAAGCUCCACCGCAUGUUGUGCGUAGAGCCUGCCCGCUUUGCGGGAUCUAGUGGAUCUCGAUGCUUCCAGGAUAAUGUCACAGAUUUGAAAGCGCAGGUGGCUGCAAAUCAUUGUGGUAUCAGACUUGUGCGGCAGCUGAUCGAGGAAUAUUCCAUGGACGUGGUUCAAAUGUACAUGCGCGCAAUUCAAGACUCGGCCGAGCUUGCGGUACGGAAUCUGUUGAAACGUGUUGCUCAAGAUCACAACGGAGAAGAGAUUUCAGCUGUCGACUAUAUGGACGACGGAACUCCGAUCAUGCUCAAAGUGACCAUCGACUCCACGGAUGGGUCUGCUAUCUUUGACUUCACAGGAACUGGUCCGGAGGUCUAUGGAAACUGGAAUGCCCCAAUUGCGAUUUGUAACUCGGCGGUCAUAUUCGCAUUGCGCUGUAUGGUCAACUCUGAUAUUCCCCUCAAUCAGGGUUGCAUCAAACCCGUACAACUCAUUAUCCCCGACGGUUCACUGCUACGUCCGAGCUUUGAAGCGGCAGUGUGCGCAGGUAAUGUAUUGACCUCGCAAAGAAUCGUCGACGUCAUCUUCAAGAGUUUCAAGAUAUGUGCUGCCAGUCAAGGAUGCAUGAACAACUUCACCUUCGGUAAUGACGGAGAGAACGGAUUCGGAUACUAUGAAACCAUCGCCGGCGGAAGUGGUGGUGGUCCCAGCUGGGCUGGCACAAGUGGUGUACACACCAACAUGACCAAUACGCGCAUCACCGAUCCUGAAUCGCUAGAGCGUCGCUACCCGGUCAUUCUGCGCCAUUUCUGUCUUCGCGAGGGGAGCGGCGGUGCUGGGAUGUAUCCUGGAGGAGAAGGCGUUAUUCGAGAUGUUGAGCUGCGGCUACAGAUGUCUGUGUCUAUUCUUUCUGAGCGUCGCAGCUUCGCGCCUUACGGUAUGGCGGGUGGUGCGGAUGGGAAGCGUGGGAAGAAUACUUGGAUCACUAAGGCUGGUCGGCAUAUUUCUGUUGGUGGCAAGAAUUCGAUCCGCGUUCAACCUGGAGACAGGUUCGUUAUUGAGACUCCUGGCGGUGGUGGAUAUGGAGUCCCAGGGGAGACGAAGGAGUCCAGCGUGGAUCAGUCAAUUGUCAUGCCUUCGUUUAUUCCUGUCGCUAACGGCAGUGUGGCGGCCAUUCGGAGCUUGGCGGAGGAAGUAUAG